AUGCCAUCCGUCGUAGCAAUGCACGGUGCGUCGGGCAUAAUCAAAUUCACAAAUUGUCUGUUGGUCAAGGGCGACAGUCUACUUAGCCAGGAUCUGUGGGUGAGCUCCUCAAGUGGAAAGAUUUUGAAUGGACAAGAGAUAUUGUAUGAGCAUCGGACUGCACCAGAAAAGAUUGUUGAUCUUGGCGGUCGGAUUCUAUCGCCAGGCCUGAUUGACACGCAACUGAACGGCGCCUAUGGCUUUGACUUUUCCGUUAUACCGGCAGAGGGAGCCGCAGCAUAUGGCAAGGGUGUUCUGCGAGUCAAUCGAAGAUUGUUAGCGACAGGCGUCACAUCGUACCUGCCAACUUUGACUUCACAGCGACCCGAGGUUUACCAAAAAGCUCUACCGUACUUGGGUCCUUCGGGAGCUGCACGUGAUGCUUCCCACGGUUCAGAGUCGCUCGGCGCACAUUGCGAAGGCCCGUUUCUCAACCCCACGAAGAACGGUAUUCACAAUACAAAUGUUCUCCAGGAGCCUGCCAACGGCAUAUCUGACCUUGUCGAAUGCUAUGGCGCCGACAACCUUGGUCCUACUCCGAACAUUAAACUCGUGACGCUUGCACCCGAGCUCACAGGUGCAUUGUCGUCCAUACGAGUGCUUUCUGACCGCGGCAUACGUGUGUCGAUGGGGCACUCCGAAGCCUCCUACGAAGAAGCCGAAGCGGGUAUAAAGGCAGGUGCUAGCAUGAUCACUCAUCUAUUCAACGCCAUGCGCCCUUUGCAUCAUCGUAACCCUGGGAUUUUCGGCCUUUUAGGCACAGCGCCAUCCACGAAUUGUAAACCAUACUUCGGUAUCAUAGCAGAUGGUAUCCACCUUCAUCCCACAUCCAUCAAAAUUGCUUGGAACGCCCAUCCGGAGGGGUUGGUAUUAGUCACAGACGCUAUGCGUCUUGCCGGUAUGCCGGACGGGACAUAUGACUGGACGAAUGGUUCGCGCAUCAUCAAGCAAGGGGCGCUGCUUACUCUCGAAGAGAAUGGGAAGAUUGCGGGCAGCAGUAUCCAGCUUGUGGACUGUGUUACGAACUUUCUGAAUUGGACGGGCGCAACUGUACCCGAAGCGUUGAAAGCUGUAACAACAACACCGGCGAAGAUGCUUGGCUUGGAAGGCACCAAAGUAGUAUUGGACUUGCAAAAGGCUGCAAAUGGGGAAGGCAAACUGGUCGUCGAUGAGGUAUGGAAGUUUGGAUGCAAGGUAUUUGAUCGCAUUGAAAUCUAA